GCCGACUCACCAUGCCUGAGCAUCGACGAAACUUGUCUCUGCUCCAAUAAAGCCGUCCAGAGUAAGGUGGCGGGCUGUGUUAUGGAGAGCUGCACUGUCAAGGAAUCUCUUGUUGCCACCAAUUUAACAAGGACCGGCUGCGGCGCUCCCAUCCACGAGAAGUCACGGGCGUGUGUUGCACAUUUUAUCACACUUGCAGUCAUCUCUACGCUUUUCAUUAUCGAGAGAUUCUCUGUCAAGCCCUUCUGGGGCAUUCCGAUUUGGCUCGAUGACUGGUCCAUCCUCGUCAGCUACCUGCUGUCUUUUGUACAGAUGCUCCUUGUAGUCUGUGGCGUCGUAGGCCACGGGCUCGGUCGAGACAUAUGGACGGUAUCCCCGUCUGAUAUUACUGCUUUCGGCAUAUAUAUAUAUGCUGCUAGCCUCGCCUACACUGCUGCGAUUACCAUGCUUAAGCUUUCACUGCUUUUCUUCUAUCUUCGCAUCUUCCCGGCUCAACUUGUCCGCCGGAUCUUAUGGGGCACUAUUAUAUUUACUGCCCUAUUUGGCAUUGCGUUUUGUCUUGCUAUUGCUUUCCAAUGUCGGCCUAUUAGCUACUUCUGGAAUGGAUGGGAUGGUGAGCAUCAGGGGCAUUGCACCGAUGCGAAUGCCACGGCUUGGAGCUAUGCAGCUCUGAGUAUUGCCACCGACAUCUGGAUGUUAAUAAUCCCUUUAUCACAGCUCAGGUCUCUGAACUUGUCUUGGAAAAAGAAGGUUGGAGUUGGUAUUAUGUUUUGCCUUGGGACUUUUGUCACAAUCAUGAGUAUCCUUCGUCUACACUCCCUGAUCAAAUUCGCACUCAACAUUCCUAACCCCACGCGGGAUUUUGUUGGCAUCACUAUAUGGUCUGGCAUCGAGAUAAACGUCGGAAUUAUCUGCGCCUGUUUACCAUCUCUAAGAUUCCUUCUCGGCCGACUAUUCCCAAGGAUUUUGGGUACAUCCCAGAAAUACUACUCUAGUCAGGCAGGGAGAGAUGAGACUGAGCUGUCGAACAUCAGGAGGAGGGUGUUGGGAUCAGAUGUGCAGAGAGACACAUACGUCGAAACCUCUCAACGGCGGAAUGAAGCCGGUGGAAUCACCAUUCAGAGGACAUAUGCUGUUGAGAGCGGGGAUAACGAUGAGAUACAUUUGGUCUCUGCGAGAGAUCUUGACCAAAAGAGCUCAAGGUCUGAUAUCUCAUUGUGA